GAAAGUAUUUCUAGUGUUGGUCUGUUACUUAUUGGUUACCGUGGUUUGUGUUGUGUGCGUGCCUUAAUAAGAUUGAGUGACAAUUUCCGUAAGAAUUAGGUGACACAAGAUGGCACCAGCAUACAAGUUAACAUACUUCCCAGUAAAAGGUUUAGGUGAAGCCAUUCGUUUCCUGCUGAGCUAUGGCAACAUCGAGUUUGAAGAUUUCCGUCUCGAAAGCGCCAAUUGGGCAAAGAUAAAGCCGACCAUGCCCUUCGGUCAAGUGCCGGUGCUGGAAUUUAGCGGCAUAACGGCAUAUCAAAGUAUCGCCAUCUGCCGCUACGUGGCAAAGCAAGUCAAACUAACCGGGGCGAAUGAUCUUGAGGACCUGGAGAUCGACGCGAUCGUCGACACGAUCAACGAUAUGAGAACAAAGAUAUCCGCGUACUAUCACGAAACCGAUGAGAUAAUCAAGGAAAUCCUUAGAAAGGUACUCUUCGACGAAACCAUCCCUUAUUAUAUGGAACGCAUUGAGGCCAUCACCAAGAAGAACAAGGGGCAUCUGGCAGCAGGCAAGCUUACCUGGGCCGAUUUUUAUUUCGUUGGUGUCCUGGAUACGUUAAAUGUCAUUUGUGGAAAAAACUUAAUAGCCGAUUGCCCGUCUCUGCAGGUCAUGCAGCAGAAUGUCUUAAGCCUACCUGGGGUCAAGGAAUGGGUUGCUAAACGUCCAGUUACAGACUUAUAAUAUUAAAUGUAGCGUCAUAAACAAACUUGCAUUUUCCCUGUCACAAGAACUACAAAACGUCUCCUUCUAUUUCGAGAAAAAUUCGAAAGUAGCACUUGGUGAGUGCUGACAGAAGUGACUACUACUUUCUCUCUCACUCUCGUUUGCUGCGAUGCAGUACAGAAAAAUAAAGCUUCCACAAAAUUC